CAGAACUCGAGACCCGAACGUCGUCGAGUACGUCCCAACGAGUCCAAUUUCCAGGUGAAGGGGGAAGAGCGAUGGCAUCCAAGGAGAGCAGCAGUCGGACCUUGUGGGUGGGCGAUGUGGAGCACUGGAUGGACGAGGAGUUCCUUCACCGUUGCUUCAGUCCCAUUGGCUCGGUGACCAAUAUCAAGUUGGUUCGCCGCACCAACCUGCCCAGCUCGGGCGGCUUCGCCUUCGUCGAGUUCGCGGACCGUGCGCCGGUGGCGGAUGCUGUGGAUCGCCUGGAAGGGAGAGCCUUCCACGCCCUAGGAUUCAACUUCCGCGUGAACUGGGCUCAGUUCUCUGUGAACGACUCCAACCUCGCGAAUCGCAAUGGCAGUGGCGCUUCGCGUGGCACGGAGUAUUCGAUCUAUGUGGGCGGCCUCGACUUCGCGGUGAAGGACCAUGAUCUCCUCAAUGCCUUCAUGUCAAGGUAUCCCUCGGCCUUCCAGGCCAAGGUGAUUUGCGACCAGCGCACCCAGUUCUCCCGGGGUUUUGGCUUCGUUCGCUUUCGUGAGCAGCGUGAGGCGGAAGAGGCCAUCCGUGAGAUGCAGGGCGUCUUCAUUGGAUCCAAGGCCAUUAAGGUGAAGCAAGCGAACCGAAGCCAGGAGCCACACCGUGAUUCGACACCGUGGACCGUGGCGCCUCCGCCCUGCCCAAUGGUGCCGGUGAUCGACAGCAUGGCGGUGACCACGGUCCUGUGCAUCAGCCAGUUGGAUGCGGCCACUCCGCAGGACUUGCAGCAACUUCUGCAGCGUUGCGCUGCCUUUGGCGUGCCUGGGCUGGCCGCAGAUGGAUCCGCCGCAGUGUGGAGGUCGCGGGCGAAGAUGAAGAUCAAGUGGUAUAGAAGCAUGUGGGUGAGCCAAUGAUGGCAUGUGGUAUUUCAAUAGGGGACCCCCUGGCUAGCCCAGUGCUCCAC